AUCGUAUCGAGCUAUCGACAUGUAGUCUUUCGUCCAGCGGCGCACGUUUUGCUGCGCACGCUAUACUGAGCCGCACGUUUCUGCUGUCUUGUAGCUAUCGCGGUGAUGGCGCCUACCAACCGAGAGCGAGCGGUUGCCCCACCGCCUCUCGCUUCAUAACGCCGCCUCGCUCUCCAUUACCGCCCUCUUCUCCAAACUCCCCUACCCUAGUUAUUUUUCUCCAUCUCCCUCACGUUCUCUGCUGUCGCAAGUUAGCCUGGACCCAUGCUUUCGUACUAACCUGCGCCGUGCCAAUCUCUCUCCCUCUCCCUCUCCCUUCCGCUCGUCAAUGGGCCGCUGCUCGAUCUGACGGCCGGUAAGGAAGGAGGCGGCGAGAUCGAUUUAUCCGCCCUUCCCUAUGGUGGGCGCCGUACAGGUGGGCGUGCUCGCGGCGUGCGUGGUUCUGUUCGUGCCGAUGGGGAUGGCCGGAUGGCAUCUGAGCCGGAACAAGAUGCUCUUCUUCAGCGGCGCCCUCUUCAUCACCCUCGCCGUCGGCGUCCAUCUCACCCCCUACUUCCCCUCUCUCUCCCACCUCCUCCUCCCGUCCCUAUCCUCCUCCCCCCCCAUCAUCCCCUCCAUCUACCCCCUCCCUCCACAUGCCUCCCCUUCCUCCACCGCCUCUCCUGGCUCCUCCUCUCCCACCGCCUCCUCCCCCGCCCUCUGGCAAUGGGCCCCAUCCGCAUCCACCCUCUCCUGCGGCUUCCAGCGCCUCUCCGGCCCUGACGCGUCCGACCUCCUCAACGGCUCCUGGGUCCUCAUCGCCGGAGAUUCCCAGGCCCGCCUCUUCGUCCUCGCCCUCCUGCGCCUCCUCCUCAACCCCACCGCCAUGGACCCCGUCGAGGCCGACCUCUUCCGCCGCCACAGCGACUACCAUCUCACCGUCGCCGACCACGGCAUCAAGCUCGAUUUCCUCUGGGCUCCCUUUGAGUCCAACCUCACCGCCAUCCUCCGCGAUCUCCACCCCGGGCCCCGGUACCCCGAUGUCCUCGUCCUCGGCUCCGGCCUCUGGCACAUGCUCCACUUCACCGACUCCUCGGAGUAUGGCGAAUGCCUGGCUGCUGUUAAGAAGGCGGCGGCGUCUCUGCUUUCGCCCGUCUUGCCGGAGUUAAGGCUCGAUGGCAUCUUGGCAUCCUCGGUCCAGCCGCCCCACAUGUUCUGGCUGGGCUUGCCAACGCUGGUGGCCCCGAUGCUCAACACCGAGGAGAAGAGGGAGAGGAUGAACCGGACGGUAUGGGAGGCGUACGAUCGGGAGGUGGACGAAAGCAAGAUCUUGAAAAGAUCGGGUGGGCCGUUUCUGUUGCUUGACAUCGGAUUGUUGAGUCGCGGCUGCGGCCGCCGGUGCACGGCCGAUGGAAUGCAUUAUGAUAGGGUCGUCUACGAGGCAGCCCUUCACAUCAUGCUAAAUGCUUUGCUGAUCGAGUCUCAGCAGCGUAUUUGAUGAUUGAUUGAUUCGAGGGUUCUCUUCAUUUGAUCUUCUUGUUGGAAGAUGGAAGAGGUUUGCCCUCUAACUACUAAAUGCUCAGUUCUUGUGAAAUGAUGAAAAUAUUGUUUUUUCUCUCUCUCCUGAUGUUUUUACCCUCCUCGAGCAGAGCUCUGAUUGUGUUGCCAUAAAAUUAGAGCCAUACUGAUAGAGAUUAGACCUUUCCUGUAUUGUCUUUUCAGCAUGAUAAGGUGUAUCCUGUAAUAUUAUUAUUAUUUUUUUGAAAAUAAUGGUUGUCCAAAGCUGAUACGAAGCAGAAAAUAUAGAUUUUGAUUGUG